AUUAACAAGUGGGCCAGGAAGCUAUAUUUCAGCUGGGAAGUCUGACCAUAACAUUUGCAUGCCGCUCCUGCGUACACGUUGUUCAGAGCAGGACGGGAGGCGAAUGGGAGCUGCUCUCUGUGCUGUCGAUGGAUUUCAGCUUCGCUCGGCUUCACACAGGCUCUUUGCUGCUGUUUUAAGACCAUGGAAAACCUGGAAUGAUCUAAACCAGCCACAUGACUCAAGUGACGUGGAUCCGGUUCAGCUCUCGUUAAGGGGGACAGCUUCAGCUCAGGACUUCAGAGCACUCUGAACCUCUCAGAGUGAUGGCUAUGCUCAACCUGUGGAACGACGACCCAGAGGAGAUUCUGUUAGACUUGGGAUUUGGCUGCGAUGAACCUGACCUCUCGGGACGCAUCCCGGCUCGAUUCAUCAAUCAUCAGUCUCACGCAAGAGGAAUAAACCUCCAGGUGUUUCUAGAGGCCCAGAAGAACCGGCUGGACCUCGAGAACCCAGAUGUCAGCAGUCGUUUCAGGCAGCUGGAGGUUCUCCAGCAGGUGACCACAGCGUUCACCUGCUUGGUGGGACCUUUAUCCUCCCCUCUAAGAUCAAGACCUGACCUGCCUCCAGAGGCCCAGGAGAGGAGGAGGCGCAUGGGCAUGCUGUUCAGGCGAGCAUCGAAGAAGUCACUCAGGCAAAUGCACAACUAUAAAAGCCAGGACCUAAACACAGCAAGGCUUAGAGACAGCAAAGCCCCCUUAAAAAGAGACAAAUCUGGAUCUAUGGAGAUUCCCCUGACAGAGGAGCAAGAAGCUGAGUCCCAGCCUCAACUGGAUUCUUCCAAAGCCCAGACAGGAACACUCGGCUCUGCAUCCAUGAUGGACGGCGCCCCCCCGGCACACAGCUCUGUACCUCGGAGGAAAACGAGCCCAGGGCAGGCUAGGGACUCAUUUGAAAUGGAAGAGGCAAGUUAAAGGAAAAUAUCUUGUAGCAGAACUUUUUGUA